AUGAGUGCAAAUAUGGAAUUGGCACGUACUACCGAUGCUGGGCUAUAUGUCUCUCUAGUUCAAUCAUUAGCCUUGCCACAGAAUCAAAAACAAUUCUUAAUUAACAUUCAAAACAUUCAACAAAAAAUUGGGAACUUAACACCGCAUUACGUGUCCACUAGCAACUUGUUAAACAUUCUUCUUGUUCAUACGCUUCCAGGGCUAAUACCAUAUAGUAUAGUUCUGCAAGCAGCCAGAUACAUACUUGAGACAAGUUUGGAAAAAGAAAUAGGACCAGUCGAAAAAGAAAUAGACAACGAGGACAAUGACAAGGACAAGGACAAGGACACGGAGAGGGAAGACCACGAUAUUGAGAACAAAGUAGAAGAGCAAGUACCAAUUCAGAACGAAACUUCUCUAAUCGAAACAGCAGACAAUUUACUCCAGGAAACCAAUCACAAAGCUGCAGAUAUACUCGAUUUUGAGUACAACAAGUUCGCCUCUGUGAAUGCCAACCUUCUUGGGUUUCUUCAAGCCAAGACAUUUGCAUUGAGUCAGUUCUACAAUGACUUGAAUGAGAUUGAUGAUUUAUUUGACAACAUUGAGUUUCGUGAGUUUCAGGAUUGGAACGAGGGUGUUUUGAUGCCAUACACUUACUAUUGGUCGAAUUAUGGUGCAGAAUACUCGCUGUCGCUGAUGUCAUUGCAAACGUAUCUCCAAUCAUCAUACAACGAAAAGUUUGAUAAGCUUGUACAACCACUCACCAAUGGACAAAUUCAAACAUCAGAGGAAUGGCUUCUGCAAACAAUAAUUCCAUUGUUGAAAUACCACGACUAUAACAUCGAUGCUUUGGACCGAUGGAUGUUUCAAGUAUAUAAAGGUUCAAUUUUGAAAAAGUUUGGAUUAUGGAACAUUGUGUUUCGAUUGCUCAACUUGGAGGUUUUAAAGUCAGAACACACGUCAACAACAUUGAUGAUAAAGAUGAAGACAAAGAUAAUCCCGCAUUACUUAGCUUCUUGCUACUAUUACAACUUGAACGGAAACGCUAAUUCUUUAUCCUCGGUGGAAUUGAUGAAAUUGUAUGACACAAUCAAGGCAACGUUGGCCAAUAUUCUUGAUAAUGAAGACGAGUUUAAAAAUGAACCAAAAGAAUUGUUGCUCGGUGAGGUUGAUUUAAGCGUAGGUUCAAAUGAGACAAUGACUUACAAAGAGUUUUCUUCAGAAAGCAAUCCUCUUGCAAUUUUGUUCAAACCCGAGUAUGCACCAUUCUUGCUGCGAGCAAUUGCUACUUGCCAACGUUUAUACCCAAUCAGUCAAAUCACAAUGCAAGAAUACUUGCAGCUCAAACUCACAUCUGAUAACAGCAAUGACAAAGGUAACGGUCUUUCCAGUAAUCUUGCUCAAAAAGAGUUGAUGAAAAUAAUGAAUAAUGUCAAUGCAACAAAUUGGAAACUGAUGUACCAACUGAUUCUGCAAUUUAAAAAUGAGUUUGUGCUGAAUUCAAACAGAGCAAAAGCAGAUUACGUGAUUGUUGAGAGAUUGCUAAUGUCUGGUCUUAUUGAAGAGUCUGAAGAGCUAGUGCGUGACCACAAAACGGAAUUGAGCCCAAUUGAGAUUUACGAAGUGUUUAUGGACAAGUUUUGGGAGAGUUUUAACUCUGCUAAUAAUAUCAAUGACAAAAUAGGUCAUUUGCAUCAAGCCAGAAGAUGUUUAGACAUUAUUGAGCAAUUACCCGAGUAUACACAGCUACCUGCAACUAAGCGGGAAAAAAUUAUUGCGCUAAAGCAUUUAUUCAAGGCAAUGUCGGCGAUGAAGAAUUUCAAAAUAGUUGUUGAGAAAAACAAGCCAUUCACGCCAAGUCAAUUAGUCAAGUUUUCCAAUCACUCGGCGCAUGAACAACUUGGGAAAAAAGAGUGUUUUUUGUUGAUCACGGUCAUUCUUGAGCAAAACCCCAAAUCGUACUUGGCGUUUGAAAAGCUAUUUCGAAUUUUAAAUGAUUUGUUGCUCUAUUUUGAGCUGGAUUCAAGUACAGUGGAUACAAAUUUGUAUUUCAGCAAGUUGAAAACUGCUUGUAUUGAAAGUGCAUUGGUGGAUAACAAUUUUUCCUAUGCAUACACUCAGAGCAUCGAGUUGUUUGAACAUUUCGGUAAUUUACUGAGCAACGAUUUCAAUAUUGACCAAUUCUGGUUAACUUUCUACCAAGUAGGCAAGUUUGUAUCCCCAGGCUGGUUAGAUAAUGCAGACCCGCAGGAGAUGCAAAAAGUUUGGAUAAAGCAGAGACAAAUACUCUCGUUAACCUUGCAAAGAUUAGACUGUGGAGACCAUAGUCGUGUGAUUCUUGACCAAUGGAACAAAGUCAAUGCAAAGCUAGAAGAGAAUAGUCGAGAUACCAAUGUUGCAAACAUGAGACAAUUUCAAAUUCAGAAAGAGAUGAAUAAUGCCAAGAGUGACAGCGCGUGGUCUCUGGGCUUGCAUCCUCAAGAUAUUAUAAACGACGCUUCACAUAGCACAAACAAAGCAGGAGAAAAGAUCUCCAAUUUGUUUGUUUCCGGAUUGGGCUGGGCCAUAGGGGCAAAUAGAUAA